CACUCGCCUGACAGGCUUCUUCGGUGAUGAAGAGCGGAAGAAGUUCAGCAUUCCACCUUUGGAUGGGGGCGACUUCAGCCAACACAUUCGCACACACUUCGUCCUCAGUCGUGGGCCGAGAUCGCCAGAGUUUGCUGCAGGUACCGGACCACCGGGAGAGCUAUGAACACGGAGGGAGGAGGAUAGUUAGUGGAUGCAUGAGAACUUUCAGUCGGCGGGAUUCGUUCCUUCGACACCAGGUCUGAAGAAUCCGGGUUGCUUGCGACCCACAUGGCCCUUCUUAGACACAGCGUGCGGGUAGUAAGAGUACUAGUAGAACGCGGAAUCAGUCACAGCGGCAAGACUCAACUCGACUCGUCGGUGUUGCUAGUAGUUUGGAACAUAUGAGCAGUUAGUAUAUGACAAGAGAGUCCGACCGAGGUUGCUAGGCGAAAGUUGAUUAAAAGUGACAAAGGAUG